GGUUACCAUGGAAAUAAUGCUGCACCUUUUAAAACCUUUCCGAUUCUUCUGACAUAUGAGAGGACAUUUUGAUCCUGCAGAGGAUAUCUCUAAAGUGUCUUCAUAGAAGAGAGGUGAUUCCUGGAUAUAGGAGAGGAGUCAAGUGUCCAACAGGAAAAUGUCAUCACUGGAAGAGAAUCCGACCUGCAAAGACGAGGAGAAAGAUGAGAAGGAAGUGAGUGUGGGACCUUUGGAUCAACCUACCAAGAAGAAGAAGAAGCUGUACCGCUGUGACCAGUGUGACAAGAGCUUUGGUACUUCUUACAAGUUAAAAUGUCUCCAACGUGUCCAUACUGGAGAAAAACCGUUUCCCUGUGAGACCUGUGGGAAACGUUUUUCUGAGAAAGGGAAUCUGAAUCGACACCAACAGAUUCACACUGGAGAAAAACCAUUUCCCUGUGAGACCUGUGGGAAAUGUUUUACUCGUUUAGGGAAUCUGAAACAACACCAACAGAUUCAUACUGGAGAAAAACCAUUUCCCUGUGAGACCUGUGGGAAAUGUUUUACUCGUUUAGGGAAUCUGAAUCGACACCAACAGAUUCACACUGGAGAAAAACCAUUUCCCUGUGAGACCUGUGGGAAAUGUUUUACUCAUUUAGGGACUCUGAAACAACACCAACAGAUUCAUACUGGAGAAAAACCAUUUCCCUGUGAGACCUGUGGGAAAUGUUUUACUCGUUUAGGGAAUCUGAAUCGACACCAACAGAUUCAUACUGGAGAAAAACCAUUUCCCUGUGAGACCUGUGGGAAAUGUUUUACUCGGUUAAGGCAUCUGAAACUACACCAACUUGUCCAUACUGGAAUAAGGCCAUUUUCCCGUAAGUCAUGUGGGAAAAGUUUUACUCAGCAAAGAUCUAUGAAAUGACACCAGCAGAUCCACAAAGACAGAAAUUGUGAAGUGUGUGUGACCAGUACAAGGAGAGUUUAUGUGUUACCAUGAUGUCAACAGGAAUAAAAAUGAUUUAAUGUGUUAA